AUGCCAGCUUGGGACUCGAAUUGUGGCACGGAAGAGCCAUUCCUGGGUGUGAAGCUGGCGACAGUGUUCCCUGGCAACGCCAGUCACGGCCUGCCAUCGGUGGCAGCGAGCUACCUGCUCUCCUCUGCUGCCACUGGCGCCCCCCUUGCCCUCAUGGACGGCACGGCCAUCACGCUCCGCCGCACCGCUGCCGCCUCUGCCCUCGCUGCUCACUACCUCGCACGCCAGGACUCAACGGUGCUUCUUAUGGUGGGCACAGGCAACCUUGCUCCCCACCUCAUCCUCGCCCACCUCUCAGCCACUCCCUCCCUCCGCUCCGUGCUCCUCUGGGGCCGCACUCUCACCAAGGCCCAGCAGACAGCUGAGAAUCUGGUCUCCUCCGACCCAAGGUUUCGUCUUAUUGAGCCGGAGGGAGGUUCCUUGUCGGGCUUAUUGGAAGGGCAAGAAACAGGUGGGGUGUGUGUUACGGUUGUGGGUGAUCUAGAGCGUGCGGUGCCAUUGGCGGAUAUUGUCUCCUGUGCCACGCUUGCAACAGAACCGCUUGUGUGUGGACGGUGGUUGAAGCGUGGAGCCCAUGUGGAUUUGGUUGGCGGUUUUCGGCCGGAUAUGCGCGAAGCGGAUGAUGAUGUGAUGAUUGCAGCUAGAGGGUCGAUAUUUGUGGAUUCCAAGGAUGGUGACGCCAUCACAGGAUCUGGGGACCUUAUUGAGCCUAUCUCUAGUGGUGCUAUACUGGAGGAGGACAUUGGAGGAGACCUCUUCGAGCUAUGUUCUGGACCGACCAUGGCCGGCUCCAACAACGAAGUUAACGAUCAGGCUGUUUCACAGCAGGUCGAGGAGAAGCAGGUCGAUGCUGUUGAAUCUACUGAGAAGACUUCAGAGGAAACAAAGAACUCGGUAGAGGAAAAAUCGUCGACGGACGUCAAGCCCUCCGCAAACGCGGACCAGGACAAGGAGAAGAAGGAUGACGAGACGACACCUGACAGUGACGUUGUUGAAGUCGAGGCUGAAAAGGUCUCUGAAGUGGCUGCUUCUGCGGAUGCGGUCCCUUCCACUACCGAAACGACUACCACCAUCUCGACCAAAAGGAAGGCUGAGGCGUCGGAGGACGAGACAGGCGCCAAGAAGGUCUGCCUAGAAGCUGAGGCUUAG